AUGUCCAACCCUCCUCAUGGUGGUGUCCUCAAGGACCUACUCGCCCGCGAUGCCCCCCGCCAUGACCAGCUUGAGACUGAGGCCGAGCAGCUGCCUGCUAUCGUCCUCACCGAGCGUCAGCUUUGCGAUCUCGAAUUGAUUAUGAAUGGAGGUUUCAGUCCUCUGGAGGGUUUCAUGAACCAGAAAGACUAUGACAACGUCUGCGAAAAUGUCCGUCUCGCCGACGGUAACCUGUUCUCUAUGCCCAUCACCCUCGACGUCUCCAAGGCCGUUAUCGAUGAGAGCCAGCUCAAGGCCGGCUCCCGUGUCACUCUCCGCGACUUCAGAGACGAUCGCAAUCUGGCCAUCCUGACCAUUGACGACAUCUACCGUCCGGACAAGGCUCGGGAAGCUAAGCUCGUCUUCGGUGGUGAUAAGGAGCACCCUGCCAUCAAGUUCCUCAACAACACCGUCCAGGAGUUCUACAUUGGUGGAAAAGUCGAGGCCAUCAACAAGCUCAACCACUACGACUAUGUCGCUCUCCGCUACACCCCCGCGGAACUCCGGGUUCACUUCGACAAGCUCGGCUGGUCCCGAGUUGUCGCUUUCCAGACCAGAAACCCCAUGCACAGAGCUCACCGUGAGCUGACCGUCCGUGCUGCGCGCGCUCGUCAGGCUAAUGUCCUCAUCCACCCCGUCGUCGGUCUGACCAAGCCCGGUGACAUCGACCACUUCACCCGUGUCCGCGCCUACCAGGCUCUCCUUCCCCGCUACCCCAACGGAAUGGCCGUUCUUGGUCUCCUUGGCCUGGCCAUGCGUAUGGGUGGUCCCCGUGAGGCCAUCUGGCACGCCAUCAUCCGCAAGAACCACGGUGCUACCCACUUCAUCGUUGGCCGUGACCACGCUGGUCCCGGUAAGAACUCCAAGGGCGAGGAGUUCUACGGCCCCUAUGAUGCCCAGCACGCUGUUGAGAAGUACAGAGAGGAGCUCGGUAUCGAGGUCGUUGAGUUCCAGCAGGUCACUUACCUGCCCGACACCGACGAAUACAAGCCCAAGGACGAGGUCCCCGCUGGCGUUAAGACCCUCGACAUCUCCGGUACUGAGCUACGCAACCGUCUGCGCACCGGUGCCCCCAUUCCUGAGUGGUUCUCUUACCCCGAGGUUGUCAAGAUCCUCCGUGAAUCUAGCCGCCCUCGCUCGACACAGGGUUUCACCAUCUUCCUGACCGGUUACAUGAACUCCGGCAAGGACGCCAUCGCCCGUGCCCUCCAGGUUACCCUGAACCAGCAGGGCGGUCGCUCCGUCUCCCUUCUGCUCGGUGAUACCGUUCGCCACGAGCUCUCCUCCGAGCUGGGCUUCAGCCGUGAGGACCGCCACACCAACGUCCAGCGCAUUGCCUUUGUCGCCGGGGAGCUGACCCGCGCCGGUGCCGCCGUCAUCGCUGCCCCCAUCGCCCCUUACGAGGAGUCCCGCAACGCGGCCCGCGACGCCGUCACCCAGGGCGGUGGCAACUUCUUCCUCGUCCACGUCGCUACUCCCCUCGAGUACUGCGAGAAGACCGACAAGCGUGGCAUCUACGCCAAGGCUCGCCGGGGUGAGAUUAAGGGCUUCACCGGUGUCGAUGACCCCUAUGAGACUCCCUCCAACGCUCAUCUCACCGUCGAUGUCUCGAAGCAGACCGUUCGCAGCAUCGUACAUGAGAUCAUCCUCAUGUUGGAGACCGAGGGUUUCUUUGAUCGUGCUUAA